AUGUUUUCAUUUAAUCCUUGGGAAAUCUUAUCAGCAUUUGAGAUUGGUUAUUAUGCAGUCUUAUUGGCAUUAGUUAUCUACCCUUCAAUUAAAAUUUUUCAAAUCAAAUCCAAAUUCAGAUGGUUCUUUAUUAGAUUUUAUAUCUUAUUAUUAAUUAAAAUCAUUGGUGGUGCUUUAACUAUUGCAUUUAUUAAAGAUUCAAAUCAUUCAUUAGGAUUAGGUAUUGGUUCCUCGGUAUUAGGUGUUAUUAGUUCAGGUAUUAUUGUAACUUCAUUAAUUUUCAUUAUAAAUUUUAUUGAAUCAUUUGAUCAACCUUCAAAACCAAAAGAAAAAUUUAAAUUGUUUAAACUUUUAAAAACUGGUGUAUCAAAUUUGUUUAAAUCAAAAAGUAAUAGAGAACCAAUGAAUUGGAAUUCAUUAGUUGAUAAAUUAACUUUAGCAACAAUUAUUAUUAAUGCUGUGGGUUCAUCAUAUUCAAGUACUGAUCCUUCAAUUUCCAAAAAACUAUCAGAAACCGGUUCAAUCUUAUACAUCAUUGUUACACUCUUAAUAAUAGUUUUGAUUAAACAAGGAUUUAAUUCAAUUCAAAAAUCAUCACAAUCCACAAUCCAUAUCAAAUCAUACAAAAAACAAUUAUUAACUUUAGUUAUCAUAAACAUGCCAUUCUUAUUCAUUAGAAUGGUUUAUAACAUUUGUACAUCAUUUUCUAUAAAUACUUCAGGUCAAACAUAUGCAACCAGGAUUAGUAAAUUUACAUUUUUAUUUGGUCAAUGGGAAUAUUAUACAUUUAUGGCUUUUUUGGAAGAAUGUAUUAUAAUGUUGAUUUUCACAUUGGUUUCAAUUUGGGUUUAUAAAAAAGAAUAUGUUGAUGGUUUAACCACAAGGGAAGUUGUUGUUGAUGAUUAUGAUGAAUCUUCAAAAUCUGUUGUUUAG